GAUUCUAGAAGUCUGUGAGCCGUUGAGUGCAUUAGUCCGAGAAAGCCGGCACUGAGUCCUGACACCAAGAGAGUUAGGCCAUCAACUUUCUUCUGCCGUUGAUCCCUGUUUUGCGCGUCCACGUUGUAUCAUCGGUGUUCAUAAGAGCCCGUUUUCUUUCCGUCAUCAGGUUACACAUUAGGGCUGCCCGUUUUCAUGUCGUCUAGUCCGUCGGGCGAGGGUUAGUCAUAAGCUUAGCCGAUCUGCUUCGCGGAGGGUUACAAGUACCCCAAGAACCGUCCCAUUUCAUGGCGCGCCGAAUGCGAGGCGGCUCGACAGGAUCACCAGUGCCUGGAGAUCACCUGCAGAGGCUUUCUGAUAAGUCCGUCAAUUCCUUAGAAAUGACUCUUUGUCGGCGGGUUGAGAUCGCAUUUUGAGAUGUCCCUGUCUCAACGAUCGUUAGAUAGUAUUCCCGCGUCUCCCGCCCGAGCGCAGAGCAGCGAAAUCGUCUUCUGACGCUACGCUGACGUCAACGCCGUCCGCAUUAGUAUCGCAGGCAUCAUAACGCGUCACUAGCAUCGUCAAAUUCGCUAGCGACAUAUAUAUCACUACAAUCACACUAUCCUUCACAUCGUGAAAUUGCGUUAAGACUACCUCCGUCCCGCUCUGCGCCGAUCAGCCAUGGGGGACACGCUAGGCGCCAUAGUGGAGUACUUGGAGCGCAACAACCUCCACAAAGCGGCGGAGACGCUCCGCCUAGAAAUAUCCCAGCGACAGUCGCCUCAAACGCAGCCGCCUCUAAAGCGGAUGCCUCAGAAACAGCCCAAGUUCAAGCAGUCCUCUCCCCCCGCCUCCUCCUCCUCCUCCCCCCCUCCACCCGACCCCUCCGACAUGGACGUCAAUCUCUUCCUCUGGAUGAAGCAGGACCAGAUGUUUAAUCUCGGCUCGGGGUUUCCCGGCGCAGGAGGCGGCGCUGGCAGCGGCGGGUUCGGCAGCGGGAGCGGCGGCGGCGGCGGCGGAGGCGGGUUCGCGGGGUUCAAUCCGAUCGCGAGGAGCAACACGGCUCCGUCGCAGUUCCUGGAAAACUCCGGCCUGCCGUGGUCCCCGGCGCACUCCCCCCCGAUGGCGCACUCCCCCUCAGUCACUCCGCCGGGCCUCUCUCCGCGUGAGGCAGCAGGACAAGCAGGAUCGGCUUCGGAUGCUCCUAACGCGUCGAAUCCGUUGGCAAUCCCAGCCAGUGCGUCGGGUACGCCGCCUAAGAGCGAGCAUCCGUUUUCGUCCGCGUAUUUCCCCCGAUCGCCCUCCCUACCGUCCCCCACUUCCCUGCACGUGGUUCACGAGGAGGAGGCCUCUCUGCACGGCGCUGCUCUUGCCGAACCCGGGGGCUCAGGUUCGGCGGCAUCAGGCUCGGCGGCGGCAUCAGGGUCGGCGUCACCUGCGCCGUCGGAUCAGUGUGUCGGUGCAACGGGAAGGGAGACAGCGGGGAGCGGCACUUUAAAAAAGGUGGGAAGCAGUGGCACUCUGGUUCCGCUCCUCGUAGCGGAUCCUAUUCUGGGCCUAGCCGACUCUCCUCCUAAAGCUGCUCCAGUAUUAGAUAUAGGACCGUCCCCUGCCGACGCCGCGCCUGUCGCUCCCGCGUUGGACAACGGUUUUCCCCGUUUGAAGCCGAUUCGACUUAGUGCGGAGAGCCGCGAGGGCGUGAACCUGGUGGCGUCGCUGGACUUCGGGAUUGGGUCCCUGCGGGAGAGCGACAGGGGCGCGGGGGGGAGUGACUGGGGCGCAGGGGGAAGCGCAAGAGGCAGCGGCGGGGGAAGCGCGAGAGGGAGCGCGGGGGACGGCAAAGGAGGCCGGGGAAGCGAUGGGGAUAAGGUAGACAGUGGUCCUGACAGGGCAGCCAUGGGGGACGUGGGCGACCAGGGGGACGUGGGAUUGUCAACUGAGGUGCUAGAGUUCGCGACAGUGGCUGUUUCCGCGGAGCAGAAACCAGGGGGAGCAAAGCAGCCGGCGGACGCACAAGAGCCGAGAGAGGCGGUAGCCCCUCCACAACAGCAGCAGCAGCAGCAGCAGGCGCAGGAGCACCACCAGCGGCAGGCAUCAGGGGAUCGUAGCCCCGCGGGCUCCUCCGCGCCUUCCUCCCCCCUCCCCCCCAUCACAAUCGGCCCCGUGGUCGUCGGGUCACAGGUGGUCUCAGAAGAAUUCGGAAAUAGACGUCCCCGGGCGGCCUUGGCAGGAGGCGGGGGCUCGGGAAACGUAAUGACCUCUCUUGAGUCGACUCGCAAGUCACCCCGGGGGGUGUUGGCACGGGGCGGAGGGUCGGGAAACGUUAUGGUUUUUGAGACGACUCACAGGUCGCCCCGAGGGGCUUUGGCAGGAGGAGGAGGGUCGGGAAACGUGCUGAGCCGUUCGGGGACGGCUGACGGGUCAGCAUCGGUGGUUACCACGCCGACGUCAGCAGCUGGGGGGUCAGAUACAGAGGAGAACGGGCGGGGGGUGGACUACUCUACCAUGUUGCUGUAUGAAGGGAGUGGAUCGGACUCUGACGCGUAUGACGACGAGGAGGAUGUGGGAUACGUGAGGAGAUUAGUGGAGGAUGAAGAGCGGUUCUUAUUGUACGAGCUGGACCCAGAGUCAGACGAUGAGAAGGAGAGCAGCAAAACGUCCGUGAGUGGCACGCCGUCAGUGCGUAAGGAAGAGGGUAAGGGCGAAGGGGGAAGUGUGUCGGGUGGGAGGGUAUAUUCUCAGAAGGUAGAACAGGGGAGUGUGUCUGGGAGGGGAGCGGAAUCAGCAGAUGCAGCAGCGGACGCUGUUGAUGGGUCAGGGGUAAGUUGUACGGCAGGUGAUGCACACGUGAUGGGUGCUGGCGGCGAUGUGAUGUUCCCAGGCGAGGAGCACUACCAUGGGAAUGAUGGUGGUGCAGGGAAGGCUGCCACGACUGGUGCUGGUGCUGUGGGGGGGGAAGACAAGGGGAGAGGGGUUGAGGGAGAUGCGGAGAGUGGGAAAGGGCCAGGAGGUGGCGGGAGUGGGGGAGGGGAUAGAAGUGGGCAGGGCGAGGGGAGGGGGAGGGAGCAAGGAGCAGAGGGGGGAAUGGAGGGGAAAGUGGAUGGGGGAGAAAAGAAGGGACCUAGAGGCGGGGCCGCUGAGACUGGGGCCGGUGUAAUUUUACAUGAUGUGAUUGUAGGAGGCGGGGCGAAGAGUGGUAGGAGUGAGCCAGGAGGGGGUGCAGAGGAAGGGGGGAGAGACGGACAGCAAGGGGGCGACUUGGGAGGGGCUGGAUUCGGAGAAGACUUUGGAGGGUUUGGGGGGGGAGGAGGCAGGGGAGGGGCGGAUGGGGGAGGGGGGCUAGACGGCGUUGGGGGAGGGGGCUUUUCUUUCCACUCACCCUCGAGUAACGAGGGGCUUUCGCGGGGUAACUCUGGGUGGUCGGGGCUGGGGGACGGCUUAGGUUCCCCGUCCCUAGACGGCAGCGGAAUAGCUAUGGAGGGGCUAGACCACGAGCUGGAGCGCAUGGGCAGCGUGGCCGAUAGCACCCUGGAGGUGUGGAAGAAGCAGGCCAGCGGGACCUUCCCCAAACUCGCACAGACAGCCUCGGGUAACUGGGAUUUCGCGUCAGGGGGGAGUGGGGGGGCUGGGGGGGAGGAGCGGGAUCAGGGGGGGAGAGGGGGGAGUGUGGGGGGAGGGGGAGGGGGGAGGAGGAGCGGGGGAGGGAGUGCGAGCAGUAGUGUGGCUGGGGAGCGACGGUCGAGGCUGUCUAUGGAGGCAGUUGAGGUUGGGGAGGUGGGCGAGGUGGUGGGGAAGGAAGGUUCGAGGAUGGAAGAUUCGAGGAAGGAGGAGGAGGAUGUGGGGGGGAACGUGGAGGGAAGAGAAGAGAAGAAGGAGGCGAAGCAGAAGCACGCAGGUGUGGGUCAGGCUGGGAGGGGGAAGUCUCUGGAGAAGGGAGCAGGGGAAGGGACGGCGGAUGUGCAGCGAACAGAAGGAGCCGGAGGAGCAGGAGCAGGAGCAGGAGCAGGGGCGGGCGCAGGAGUCAAGGUGGGGGAGGAAGCGGGUGCGGCAGACGGUGCAGAGAAGCAGAAGGAGAAGAAGGAGGGAGAGGAGGUGGUGGAGGAGGAGGGAGGGGCUAAAGAGGAGGGGAGCAAGGCGAAGGAAGAGAGCAAGGUGAAGGAAGAGGAGGAGUUUGAGACCUUCAACCUGAGGGUCAUCCACCGAAAGAACAGAACGGGUUUCGAAGAGGAGAAGGACUUUCCUGUGGUGCUGAAUUCAGUUAUCGCAGGUCGCUAUUACGUGACUGAGUACCUGGGGUCAGCAGCAUUCAGCAAGGCGAUCCAAGCUCACGACCUGCACACUGGGAUGGACGUGUGCCUCAAGAUCAUCAAGAACAAUAAGGACUUCUUCGACCAGAGCCUUGACGAGAUCAAGCUGCUCAAGUUCAUUAAUAGGCACGACCCCGCGGACGAGCACCACCUGCUGCGGAUGUACGACUACUUCUAUCAUAGGGAGCAUCUGUUUAUAAUAUGCGAGUUGCUGCGUGCCAACCUGUACGAGUUCCACAAGUACAACCGGGAAUCAGGAGGGGAGGUCUACUUUACCAUGCCCCGCAUCCAGUCCAUUGCCAAACAGAUCCUGCAGGCGCUCAGCUUCAUGCACUCCUGGGGGCUCAUCCACUGCGACCUCAAGCCCGAGAACAUCCUCAUCAAGAGCUACUCGCGCUGCCUCGUUAAGGUGAUCGACAUCGGCAGCAGCUGCUUCACCACGGACCACCUGUGCUCCUACGUGCAGUCGCGCUCCUAUAGGGCGCCUGAAGUGAUUCUUGGACUGCCGUAUGGGCCCAAGAUCGACGUCUGGUCGCUUGGAUGCAUUCUGGCUGAACUCUGUUCCGGACAGGUGCUGUUUCAAAACGACUCCCUGGCAACCCUGCUGACGCGGGUGGUGGGUGUCAUAGGACCCAUCGACCCCCAGCUGCUACGCAAAGCUAAAGAUACCCACAAGUACUUCACGCGCCACCGAGUGCUGUACGAGAGAAACCCAGAGACGGAUGCUUUGGAGUACCUUAUUCCCAAAAAGUCAUCUCUCAAGCACCGACUGCCGAUGGGAGACGAAGGCUUUCUUGAGUUUGUGGCGUUCCUGCUACAGGUAGACCCGGACAAGAGACCGUCUGCAGAUGAAGCCCUUCUACACCCAUGGCUGUCGCAUGCGUAUGAUCCGAUCAUAUGAGACCAAUCUUGAGCGAUGGAACUUAUGUGUUGGACUGGAACGCGCCAAGAGGUUAUGUUGUAAUCUCUAAGUGAUGAGGUUGUGCUUUUAUAACUGGCACUGUGUGCACGUAGUGCUAUUAUUGAGAGUAUGUUGCGCUCAGUAGGUAUUGUCAUGUUUCUUAUCAAAUUUUCCUGUAACGGGUAUCAAGUUCACC